AGUGGCCGGAUCGUUUUACGGAGAUUGUCGAUGUCUGCCGAGUAAUGAGGCAAUGGAAGUCAUGUGAUCUGGUGAUUGUCACAUGAGUAAAUCGAAACGAAAGGUGUUACUUUAUCUUUGGGGAGUGCAACGAGAGAUAGCGCUACACACAUCUGACAUCGACCAUGGAAAUGUACCUGUGUCUGCUACUGCUGUGUGGGGUCGUGCAUGGACUUAACAAUGGCCUCGCCCGCACACCACCCAUGGGAUUCUUGUCCUGGGAGCGAUUCCGGUGCAACUUGGAUUGCAAGAACGACCCUGAGAACUGUGUCAGUGAACAUCUGUACAAGUCCAUCGCUGACGUGAUUGUGGCUGAAGGUUACCGCGACCUGGGGUAUGAGUAUGUGAACAUUGAUGACUGUUGGCCCGCCAAGACCCGUGAUGCAGCUGGCCGUCUCCAGCCCGACCCCAACCGGUUCCCCAGCGGCAUGCAUAACCUGUCUCAGUAUAUGCACGCCAGAGGACUGAAGCUUGGCAUUUAUGAAGACUUUGGCAAGAGAACAUGUGCUGGCUACCCUGGGAGUGAAUUCUUCCUUCGCACAGAUGCAAACACGUUUGCGGAGUGGGAAAUAGAUCUUCUCAAGUUUGAUGGAUGUAAUUCUGAUCCGAAAGAUAUGGACAUAGGCUAUCCUUUGAUGGAGUUUUUUCUCAACCAGACCGGACGACCUUUUCUGUUCUCCUGUAGUUGGCCCGCUUACAUUGUUGGCACUCUCAAAAAAGUGCCCAACUACACUGCCAUCAAAGAACACUGCAACAUCUGGCGCAACUACGAUGACAUCCAGGACUCCUGGGACAGUGCCCUCAAAAUCAUCGACUACUACGGCGAAAACAAAGGCAACUUUGCCGGUGUCGCAGGCCCUGGUGGAUUUAAUGACCCUGAUGAGCUCCUCGUUGGAGAUUUCGGCUUGAGUUACGACCAGCAGAAGGUGCAGUUUGGAAUGUGGGCCAUGAUGGCGUCGCCGUUGUUCAUCUCGACUGACCUUCGCAAAAUUAAACCAGAGUUCAAGGCCAUCUUGCAGAACAAGAGAGUCAUUGCCAUCAACCAGGACCCUCUGGGUGCCCAGGCAACCCAACUGUACAAGGCUAGUACGAUUCAAGUAUGGCUGAAACCUCUGGCAGUAAAUGGAACGUUGGCCGUUGCCAUUCUCAACACAGACAACCAGGGAGAGCCAGCAAAGAUAACUCUGAACCCCAAACAGAUAGGUGCGCUCAGCCCUAAUGGUGUCAACAUCACCGAGACCUUCGAUAACAUCUAUGUAGGAGCGUUUAAACCCACCGAAACCUUUACUCUGUCCAUCAACCCCACGGGGAUCUUCCUGGCUACGGUCGUACCGCUGGCGUAAUGGGAGGUGAAUCAACCACACCACAAGUGCAAUUGUGUAUGAGGCUGUAACUUGCUCAGGUGUUGAUAUAUUCAUGACAAAAAAACAAUAAAUGUGACUAACCAGGAGAAAAGUGACCUCAUGGGUGCCAGGAUACAAUUAUGCAGUGAGGUCAUAAAGAAAGACGUUUGACGUCAGCUUCCGUAAAAAGCACCAAGUGUGCGGACUAAAACAAUAUCGUAUUUUUCACUUGUGUCUUCGUAAUGUAAUUUAAACAUGUUUUCAAAGCAUUUCAGCAUAUAUGUCUACUUUCAACUAAUCAGACAUAUUUAAGACCUGAAAUUAUUCCAUAAACAGUCAUAAGUCUGAAAAUGGGACUUUGCAGAAAUUGAGUCCAUAUAUUUGAUGAUAUGUAUUUCUGUAAUAGAUAUGAAUUGCAGCUUAUGAAUUUUAUUUUUGUGGACCUCAGAUACUGUAGUUUUAAAGUAAAAUAAGAAGUCAAAAUGUGAUUAUUUACCCAUAAGGUCCCUUAUCUCAUGGAUGGUCACAAAUAAUGCUCCACCAUUUCUUUACAUUCACAACUCAUAGUUUGUUUGGAGGAAAAAUGUGAUGAACCCAAAUUAAACGCUGACUAGCUUGAGUUUCUUUAUUAGACACCAUAGGCCUGUGAGAGAGUUGUAAUUGGUUCUUACUCUCCCUUUGAUAAACAUAUUCAUGUCUCAAUUUCACAACCAAAAUGUAUAUCUACAUUGCAAAAUAAUACUUAAGCAAUUACUUAAUUUGUGCACUGGAAAGGCAAUUCUUGAAUCAAACCUGUUAAGUACUACUGACUGUUAGAAGUUAUGUUGCAAUAGAUGCGAUUGAAAGUUGUACAUUUUCCAUGUGUGUUACAUAUUUUUUAACAGAUGUCUUCUUGUUGUUAGUUUGUUACUGUGUGUAUAUUUUAUUAUAUAUUGUAAUAUAAUGAUGUUCAUAAAAUUUGCUGACAAUAGAUUCUUUACUUUCAUGAGUAAUGAUUUCAUGUUUAUUGUCCUUAAUUCACAUCAUCAUCCAGUGUCUUAGCAUUUCUUGAUGUGAAUCAAUUACACACUGGUAGAAUUUAAGACACAGACUGAUCUUAAAUCCAGGAGAAGUUUACACAAUGUCAGUAUUUUAAUCAUUGUCCAUUAAUAUUUGCAACUAAGUUAUUCUUUAUUGAGUGGCAUGAAAUCCAUCUCAUUUGCCUACUCACAUGUCAAUAUUCUAUCAUUAGACAAGACUUUGAGAACAUGCAGGUGAGAAUAUCAUGUGACAAUAACAGGUCUGUCCAAAACAUUUGUUGGGUGUCCCAGAAAAUCCUAUUUGACAAUUGUAAAUCAUUGAUUUAAAUGCCAGUACUUCAUGUUUGAAUGUUAGAAUAAAAUCACCUCAUAUAGUUGUCCUUAAAGGCGACUUUGUUUGUCGAAAGAGGCGACUAAUGGGAUUUGGUGUCAGGCUCGCUGACUUGGUUGAUGCAUGUCAUCGUAUCCAGGUUGCGUGGAUCGAUGCUCAUGAUGUCAAUCACUGGAUUGUCUGGUCCAUACUCAUUUAUUAACAGACCGCCAUCAUAUAGCUGGAAUAUUGCUGAGUGCGGCGUUAAACAAACAAACAAACAAACAAACUAAACAUAUGAAGUCACAAUGUGAUGCCUCACAGCAAGAUGUAUAUACUAUGGUCACUUAUUUCCAUGGAGUGGACAAACUAAACAUUCCAUGAAUCACAUGUCCAUCCUUAAUCAACCCAUGUUCAUGCGUCAAUCAACUUCCUUUGAACAUAACAUCAAUUUAGAGUUUUCAAAUCACAUUAUUAAACUGCUUUGAAAUUAGUUCAAAUAGAUCACAUAUUAAGUAUAUAUUUAUUUACUUUCUUUGGGUAUUGACCUGUUUGAGGAUACAACUUUUACCAAUAUCUCAACAAAGUUUGCAUUUUUUGCAGGAAGUGUUUUUCCUGUCAAAAGCAGCUGAGUGUGUUUUAAGGUGUAUGUAUUGUCAAGCUCAUUAUAUUGAGAUCUUUUACUCAAAUAUGAUACCCCUCAGCAUGAAGAUCUGAAGACACCUCCAUCUGACACAUACAACUGUCUGAUCAGCCAAUCAGUGUGUUAGUCAGCGAAGCGUUCAGACCAACAUAUAAGAUUUCUGUAUCUCACAAAUGAGCUUUAAUGACCUUUCAGAGUGGCGGGGUAGGCUUGUGGUUAAAGCGUUUGCUGACCAUGCCGAAAACCUGGGUUUGAUUCCCCACAUGGGUAACAUGUAUGAGGCCCAUUUCUGGUGUCCCCGCAAGGAUAUUGCUGGAAUAAUGCUAAAAGCAGCAUAAAAACACACUCACUCACUUAAUGACCUUUCCCAAAUGAACACAACUAAGGUUGAACCAGUACAUUAUAAUUUCUGAAUGGAAGAGUAGAGAAAUGAAGCCAAAUUGUUUAAGAAAGCUGAGAUCUGAUUGGCUCAAGAACCCGUGCAUCAUUCAUUUAGAUUGGGCGGUCAAAGGUCGCUCAGGCUUCACCUGAUGUGAUCUUCUGUGGCAGUGUCCUCAGAUCUUAAUGCAGAGUGGCAUCACAUGGGAAUAAAAGAUCUGAAUUUAAUGAGAUUUUAUGUGUUGUAGACAUUGUAAUGACACUGUGUGUAAAUGUCCUUUCGUCAUUGUCCUUCUGUGAAGAAAUAUGGUGUGCUUUUUAUUUUAUUAAAAAUCAUAUAUCGUG